UUCGAUGAUGGGUUUAAUUUUCUAAUUGCAGUAAGUUCUGAAUGGUUCUGUUGUGCUCUCCGCUUGUUCUAUGUUGAUCAAAGAACGCACGAUCAGAGGCUGCACGUGGAAGCAAAAAGAAGAGUGGUUCCACACGUUCGUGUGUGAUCAUGACGAGUGUUCAGUUCCGUUAGUGAUCGAUCAGUUCCCCUUUGGAGUUUGUUGAUCGAAGUGCUUUGUGAAAAAAAUUGUGUUGGAGUGUUGCUUCCGUUCCUUCGUUGCUUAGUGCUGAUUCAGCAAUUGUUUGUUUAUUUUAACAUCGUUUUAAGUUAGAUGAAUUCGACAUCCAGCACAAUGAACAAAAUCGGUGUUUGCAAUGAGGACCCUGCACGCUGCUGGACAUUACACGAUGCCGUCCACGGUAAGGUGACUUACCCGGGCUACGUUCGUGAAAUCGUUGAUACUCCACAGUUUCAAAGGCUUCGCAAUCUGAAGCAGCUGGGCGUUAGUUCCAGUGCGUUUCCUUGCAGUACGCACACGCGCUUCGAGCAUUGUCUUGGAGUCUGCUAUCUUGCUGGCAAGCUAUUGAGGACAUUGGAAAAGAAUUCUGGCAUCCAGAUCAGCGACAUACAUCGAAAAUGCGUUAUGCUUGCUGCACUUCUACAUGACGUAGGUCACGGUCCGUUCUCCCACAUGUGGGAAAAUUUCGUACACAGCGGCAGCGAUAAAGAUUGGACGCACGAACAAUCGUCAUGUGAUAUGGCAUGCCAGCUGUUUGCCGACAACAACAUUCAACUGUCGCAGGAAUCGUACGAGCAUUACUACGCUGAACAGCUCAUCUGUGCCCUGAUUACGGGCAAUCAGGAGGCUCUUCGCACGCUUCUCACACCGGACACCAUUUUUCUUGCGGAGAUUGUCCACAACAAGCACUUCAAGCUGGACGUUGAUAAGUGGGACUAUUUGCUGCGCGAUUUGUUUUAUUUAAAUGGAGUGGUUUGUAUCGAUACCAGCUUCGCGCAACUGUUCGAUCAUGCUAGGGUGGUUCGACGCAAGGAUGGUGGCACGAAUAUCGGCUACCGCGCUGCCGAUUAUCGGUUGGUGGUCCAAUUGUUCGAAGCUCGAGCCAAGCUGCACAUCGAGUGCUAUCAACACGGCACGGUGCUCGGGCUGCAAAGAAUGAUAAUUGAUGGACUUACGCUGGCAGAAAAAUGUGGAUUCAGAUUAAAAGGUGAAAAAAUAUCCGAGGCCCACCUCUCCCCAUCGGUCUACUUGUACCUGGAUGACGGCAUAAUAAAUCUGAUCGAAUUCAGCGACAGUGCAAAGCUGCAACCGGCGCAACAGUUGCUGGAUCGAGUCCGUCAACGUCGACUUUACCGUCUAGUUCACAUCUCUAGUCAACCGCAAAAUAUCGAAGGCCUAAACAAACGAUUCGCAACGGAUGAGUUCUUCCAGCUGCACAAGAAAAUUCCGUACGCUAGCGAGAUGGCACCACGAAAUGUACCACUCUACGAUGAACAGGGUCGGUUGAUAAAGGAUCGCACCAUGGUCGACAGUAUUAUGAAUAACCUACCAAAUCAGGGUUUCUUCGAGCAGUAUUUGGUUUACUGCAAAUCGGUGGAGCCAGAAAUUAUCAACCGUGCACGAAAGUACCUGGAAACUUUACCCUCAUAAAUUAAAAUGUUAAAAAUCCCGUGGUACUUAUUUACUAGCCCCGUAUUGCUAACGGUUUUACAUUCAUGGUUUUAAAAUGUUUAUUUAUAAUUUAUAGUAGUUUUACCAAUGUAUAUUGCAACAGAGACCUUUAUAGAGAGGAAAUUUUUUUUCAACGAUCUAAAUUAAUACCUCGUAAAUUUAUAAACCAUUUUGUGUUCUGAAGCGAACGCGUUCGGAUAUUAACAAUGUACUCUAGGAAGUGUCGCAAUACCAAAGUUUUCGAACAUCACCUCGUUUUUGUAUUGUUUUUUUUUGUGAGAUUAAGUAAAGGUAAAA